GCCGAGCAGCAGCCAGCAGAGCCUUCGCCCGCGGCCACAACCAGCGCAAUCGCCGCCGCUCCCUCGUUUCGACCCAACUCCCUGCCCCACGUCUCACCGCCGCUCAUUCGCCCCCUCGUCUCAAACCAGGUCCCCAACUCCUCGCCGUCGCUCCCCGCCCGACGCAUCGACCCAACUCCCCGCCGCCUUGACAGCAGUCCCCGCCCCUGCCUCAAUACUAGCUUAGAUCGUUUCAGGUUGAUAGAUGGAAUCGAGUGAUGUAUCAAGUCAGCCGGCUUAAUCCGGUUGAACCCCGAUUCGACCAUUAAACCUCAAAUCCCUUGUUAAACCGGUUAGAGGACUUAAUCCGGUUUGACAACCUUGCUU